AGCGGCGAUCCUGGCGGAAGCAGAUCAGGCGGUCAUGUGGAAGUCACGGUGCUGCGCCACGGCAGUCCAGCCCCGACCACCCGCACGGGAACAGGCAACAGACAACAGACAACAGGCAACGGGACAGUGGACUGUGCUGCGGCUUGCGCUGGUUGGCUGCGAUGGACUCCAUGUUCGGCCAGAAGGACAGAGCCGAGCGAAGAAGCCGCCCGGGCCAGAGGCGGCAUCGAGAGUCGAUGUCCCCGUCGCGGCGGGUGCGUAUUCACAUCCGAAACUCGGCGCUCUCGUUUCGCUUUGCGAGCGCUGGCCACGCCCGUUGUCUCCUGGGUGGCCGUCCUCAAGGAAGUUGGCCGUCUUCCCAGCGCACACCGCAAUCUCUUAUCGGGCAGGCGCCAAUUGUGGCGUCGAGAGUGUCCUCCUUGUACUUCUCUCGAUCACCGCGAGCCAAGAGAGGUGUCGACCACCCUCCCUGCGAGCUGUGCUGGUGAGACUCGGUCCCGGGAGGCAUUUGGGGACGACCACAACCACAACCACAACCGCAUCGACAUGUCCUGUGGUGGAGCCGGGUCGGCCUCGCAGGGCACCGAGCUGCAAUCAGCCCGCUGCGAUCCCGCUGCCCCGCUCGCUCGCAUGCUUGCACAGGAAUCUUCCACCGCAAGCCCACCACCACCACAAGCCUCGGAUGAAACAAACAGCGGACCCCGCCCAUACGCACUUUGCCCCGGCCUCCACAGCCGUCCUCCAGCAGCCAUAUCCUCGCCGACCGACCGACUCUCCGAUGGCCAAGAAAUGAGCGAGCACCCUGAACGCAAGUCGCAGACGUACACCAUCGCCAUCCCGCUGUAUUCGCCGCCUCGCCUGGUCCAGCAGACCCUCGCCAGGGCCAAGAGCCUCCCUGGACAGGCCUAUCGGGCAGUAUUCCCAGGCCCCGGUCCGACCCUGGCGCCCCAGCUGCCCGCUCUCCGCACCCGAAUCAUCCCUCUGUCUCGUCCUGAAGCAGCCGGAGCCAAGACCCAUGUCGAGCCAUCCCUGCGCCGCAAAGACCCCAAGGACCGCCACGACCUCGUCGGGCCGAGCGAGCUGGUGAUCCAGAUGGCCUCGGGCGAGUGUUACUCUGUGAACAUUCGGUCCCAGCGACGUCCCAAACUGCCCCCUCCUGUUCCAGAGACCGACCCGGAGCUGCAGCGUAUCCUGGACACCAUCAUAUAGACAGCGUCCGGAGAGACUCUCCUGGCCGCUUUCUUUCACUAUGUUUAUUUUAGUCUGCAUCCGAUUUCGAUACAACAUACCCGAGCUGGCUAUUG